AUGAUGCAGAUAUUGCAAGGGAGCAGCAAAGGUGUUCUAAAACUCGGCGAUUUUGGGUUUGCAAAGCAAGGAUUGGAAGACGAAUCGAAACCUUUAAAGACCGCUUGUUACACUUAUCUCUAUGUGCCGCCCGAGAUUUUGAGACGAGUGAGCUAUGACAAAUCGUGCGACAUGUGGUCACUCGGAGUGCUGAUGUACAUACUGUAA